UGCGAAUUAGUUGGAUCUGGACAGCGACCUUUUCUCAUUUGUAGCCACGAUGAGAAAAAUGCCCAGGCAAAUUGAGUCAUUGACUCUCUCUCUCUCUCUCUAUUUAUAUAUAUACUAAUCACAAACUUCACACAAACCAAGGUUCAUUACUUCUUUCCUUGUUCAUUUGCCUCCCUUCUCAGACAAUUUUAGCUUCCUUUAUUUUGUUUUUCUUCCAUAUCAGGUCAAAUAUGAGUGAGGAUGCAAAUGGUAGCGAAGCCCAAGAAUCUCACUCAAAACGUCCAACUCCCAAACUCAAUCAGAGGAUCCUAUCUACUUUGUCAAGGAGAUCAGUUGCCGCUCAUCCUUGGCACGAUCUUGAGAUUGGACCCGAAGCACCUCUCAUCUUCAACUGUGUUGUUGAGAUAACAAAAGGAAGUAAGGUCAAAUAUGAACUAGACAAGAAGACAGGACUGAUUAAGGUUGAUCGGAUCUUAUAUUCGUCAGUGGUCUACCCCCAUAACUACGGUUUCAUUCCUCGCACUCUAUGUGAAGACAAUGACCCAAUGGAUGUUUUAGUCCUCAUGCAGGAGCCAGUUCUUCCUGGUUGUUUUCUGCGAGCCAAAGCCAUUGGACUGAUGCCAAUGAUUGAUCAGGGUGAGAAAGAUGAUAAGAUUAUUGCAGUCUGUGCUGAUGAUCCAGAGUACAGGCACUACACUGACAUCAAAGAGCUUGCCCCUCAUCGCCUUACUGAGAUCCGCCGCUUCUUCGAAGAUUACAAGAAGAAUGAGAACAAAACGGUUGCCGUUAAUGAGUUCUUACCUUCUAGUACUGCCACUGAUGCCAUCCAGUAUGCUAUGGACCUUUAUGCUGAAUACAUAAUGCACACCUUGAGGCGAUAGGCAGAGAAGCACAAACUAUAUUCCAAUUUUCUCAAUAAGUCAGUACUCAUUCCUAAUGACAAUUAAAGCAGAAGUUGAAAGUCCUUUGCAUAUUUUCUUAUUUAUUUAUUAUUAUUUUUAUUUGUUGUUGUUUGGUAAUUUUGAAUAAUUAUUUCUUUUUGGUAGUUAUAUGAUUACUGUUGGUUGUAUGGUUAAAACAAUUAUGUGGGAAGAGUUUACCAGGGAAUUUUUGUUACCUUUUAAUGUUUGAAUUUGAAGUUUAUUAUAAGAUCAAUUUAGAAUUUACUUCUUUAACUA